GUGACUACAGUCGCGCUACGAUCACAGAGCGCGCUAGUCGCGAGUAGGGUGUAACAAGUUUUAAUGUUUACAGACACGUUCAACUUUCGUAUCAACUUUUUAUAAACAAACUUCACGUGCUUAUGGUGUUUUGUGAUAAAAUGGACAAAACAUCUAAACUCCCUUCGUCUCCUACUAGAGCACCUGUAAAAAAGGAAAAUGAAGAAGAAAUUAAGGAAUUUGCCGAGACAGCAAUGAACGAACUACUUGGCUGGUACGGUUAUGAGCGUUUGGAGUUAAGGAGAUGGGCGGCUUCUCGGGCAAGAGAACCUUCGAGUCCUGAGCAUCACACAGAACAAAAGAAUAAAGAUGAAUGUUCAUGGUGCAACAAGAAUAUAACAAGUGAAAGUGGCGCGUUACAGCAGGCUGGGGCGGUAUUUUGUUCAGAGCUUUGCUUCAGUCAGUCAAGGCGCGCAAAUUUCAAGCGCGCGAAAACGUGUGAUUGGUGUCGACAUGUGAGGCACACCGUUGCCUAUGUCGAUUUUCAGGAUGGCGCAACGCAGCUACAGUUUUGCUCGGAUAAAUGCCUAAAUCAAUACAAAAUGCACAUUUUUUGUCGAGAAACUCAGGCGCACCUUGAUCUAAAUCCUCAUUUGGUCAGCAGCUCCUCGACAUCCAAUCUUAUCACUCCAGAUCUGUGGUUAAAGAACUGUAAAAGCCGAUCGGUAUCACCACUGUCUGAAAGGUCUGGUUCCCCAAAUACAGAACCCAAGCAAAGCAACGAAAAAGCAUCUGAGUCAUCGUGUCAUCGAAAAUCACCAAUGCCGUUGAUAACCAUAGCCCCAACUGCUAAACUUAUGAAUCCAAAGCCUACAGAUGAGAAAACAAUUACACAAAAAUCCCCGGAAACAAAAAAAGAAAUAAGACAAACUAAAAUGAACUUACGAAAGCGUAGAGCAUCUAAAUGUACGUCUACAGUAACCUCUCAAACAAUACGGCAUCAGAAUACUACACCAAAGGCACAAGACUUGAGAAUGUGUAGCCCCUCUAUCGAUGGGUCAUCGCCAACUUCAUCAGUUACUGUUGGAAAUAGUACUAUUCAAUCCCCACCCAGUCAUAUAAACGCUCAAAUGCCUCCGUUUAAUCCAAUGUUUGGAAUGCCACCACCUGUUUUUCUUGAUAAUCCUGCUCAUAUGAAUGAUUAUAGACAUGUAUAUCCACCGCGUUUCGGUUUCAUGCCACCUCGUCCUAUGAUGCCGCAAGAAAGGCCGAGAAUAAUUCCUCCAAUAAACUUCUCACAUGCCAUAGGUCAACCACCGCCUGUAACUGUUCUGGUUCCAUAUCCAGUAAUUUUACCCAUACCUCUUCCGAUUCCUAUCCCGAUACCCUUGUCAUCCUUUUUACAAGCACAUCGAGUUAAUACAGUAAAAACCGAGGUUAAUAGUGACGACACAGAGGGCCCGUUAGAUUUUACUAUAAACAGUGAUAAAAAUGAUGCCAAAGAUUCAGAAAACAGUCACAGUAAAAUUAACACCGAAAAGGAAACCUGCUCAAGUGAACUUAAUAUAGAUGACACAAGGUUGGAAAGCGAAAAAGAAAGUUUUGUUUCUGAAACAAACCCGGAACAAACUUUGCCAAAAUUUAAAAUAACGAGACUAGGAAGAAAAAUGGCAAAAAUAGUGACCAAAGCGAGGGAAACAUCUGAAUCUUCCAGACCGCUAAGAAAAAGGCGAAGAUUGGUAGAAGUCACUCCAGAUGAUGAAUCUCUCAUUCCCAAGACAAGGAAAACUGUUGAAGUUUAAAUUUAAUUUUAAAAUAUACUUAUUGUAAUUUAAUUCAAAUACAUAUCACAAGCUAUGCUGCGAAGUCACCGCAUCUAAUUCAUCUUUAAAUUAUGUACUAGUCCUAGAUUUAAUAACGUAGAUAUGUUUGCUUGAAUAGUUUUGACUUUAAUUAUAUAUUAAAAAUGCAUCUAAGCUCUUAAAUUAAUAAUUUAAAUGUAAAUAAAAAUAACAGUGAUAUAUACCUACAUCCAUUUUUAUUUAAUAUUUUUAGUGUGACCAUAAAAUUAUUUUUAUACAUGUAGGUUCUUCGUAAAUAUGCGUAUCCAGGAGAAAUAAUCCAGUCUUUUUUUAAAUUAGCUUUCAGCUAUAAAUCCACUAUUUAAUGUUGAGAGAAAGCUCAUACGAGAAUGGGUGGUUUUCAGUUAUAAGGAAUUUACCCUCAAAUGUUUGUUCUCACUAAGAGUUUGUGCAUUUCAAUACCUGGGACAUUGUAGUGGACAGAAACUUGAAAAGCAUUCUAAAUUUCAAUAAACUAUAUAUAUUUUAUAUAGCCUUGGGAUUAGCCUGGAUACGUAAUACACAAGACCUAAUUGACUCAGUACACAAACCCUUUGCAAAUACAUAAUUUUUUAUUAAUUCUAAAAUUAAUAUGUAACAUAUUUUGUAAGUUUAAAAGUAAUGUAAAUAUAUUUUC